AUGCCAAAUGGCCCCAUUGAGGAUCAAGUUCACCAUCAUCCGGCGGACGAUGACAUCGGGGACGUGAUCCGGUAUAUCCCUAUUCGCUGCGGUGAAGGCUCCGAAGAAGGGAGGUCACGGAUCAAAACAAACGAUCAAAAUGCUAUUCAUGGGGAAUGCAUGAUCGAUCCGCCCAGGAGAUCAAACCGGAUAUCUAAGCCUACUCAGCGAGCCUUGGAAUAUGCUGUGCAUCCUGUGGCGAGUACAACCCAAACAGAAAGCAAGAAGCGGAAGAGAACCCCCCACACCCUUCCUGCGACCAAGGAUAAUGCCCUAUUUGAGUGGGACGAACUAUCAAGUCCGCUCUCCUCUCCCAUUAAACGCUCAGAGCAAGAUCUGAUGAUCCCGGAAGGACGUCAUCGUCGAAGGAUCACGACAUCCAUCAAAGUUGCAGAUAGUAAACCACUCAGGACUUCAUAUUCCGGAUGGUCGUGUCACGAAGUCCCACCCGAUAUCUUGUCGUCACUUCGAUUCGAUCGUGCUCCGGAACUCCUCACUUUACCUUCAUCAUCAGCUGUAGAGGAGAGCUAUAAGGCAGCACAAGGUAGUCAAUCCCGUCAUCCAAAUGAUGGGGCCAGGUCUCGGAUGACCAGGAGAAGACCCAUUCAGAGGGAACAGACAGCUUUGUUCGCCCGUGAUCAAGUCGCAGUUACAGCGAAGAAAGAUGGGUUCAAGAGGCAAGCAAUCGAAAAGGACCAGAAUGAGGUACAGAUUUUACCUUUACCUCAAACACCUUUUCAGCCCUAUCCCGAGCUGGCGGACGGUAUUCGAUCAAGUAGAUUAUGUAAGGUCUUGAGGAUAUUAGCUGGUCUACGAAGUCCCAGAUCAAGGAGAACAGAGGUAUUGCCGCAACCUAGGAAUAGACCUCCCGUUUGGGCAGAGUCUCGACAAGAGCUAUGUGAAGCUUUACCUUACUAUCGAAGUUUUCAAUCUGGUUUAUACAUGCAUAAGAAGGUAGCGUAUGGAUAUCUACUGGAAGCUUUCCCAGCUCCGAGAGAUAUUUGGGCACAUAACGGAAAAGUCAUCAUAUCUCACGGGGGUGGACAAUGUGUACGAACACUCAAACCCGAUGGUACAUCUGGUCCAGCAACUUUACAAGCCGACCAAUCUCGUUCGGACGCCAGGGUUGAUACACUUCUUCUAGCUCAUGAGAAGAGGAUACCGAUGGUAUUGAUUGCCGGAAAGGGAUAUGAGGGUUUACCUUGGGAGUUAAAUUGUGCCUAUGUCAUACUGGGAUGGUAUUGGAUAUCCCUCACUUGGGUCGAAGCUGAAUGGCCACCUCUGGGUGUGAGCCCGCCAAAGGAGAGAGACUAUUUUCAUCGAGUGAAAAUACGAUUCGAUUGGGUAGAGAGCCAAGGUACACCAUGGUGGAUCGAAUCGUAUAGUUUCAUGAAUAUACAGGAUGCCGCCAAUAUCGCUGUACCGCAUAAUGAUACUUGGAAGAAAUGGUCAAGAGAAAUGACGCCUUUACCCAGCGAAGGGGAUGAAAUAUCCUGUAAGGAUAUCCAAGACGAUGUCAAUCUACCAAAAGACGUACCAUGCUGUGAUGAAGAGAAGAGGACGAACGAUGAUUUGUGUACACCGAAGAAGAUGGACGUCUCAUCUUUACUGAAUCCUACUGGUCUGCCAACUCCGCCUCAUAGCUCUCCCGGAACACAGGGUCACUUGAACCGCUCAUCACCACCUUCACCCUGCACGUCAACAACACAUCGCCAGUUUUGGCCAGGGAACCAGUUUCUGUCAACCGCCCAACCACUUUUGACAUUUACAGAACAUUCGCUCAAUCGCUCUCAAUUCCCUUCCCCGACAAUCUGUCCUUCAUGUCAUCGACCUAUCGUACGGAUAUACCAAGAAGGCUUGUUCUGCUUUCAACCGGAAUGUCAAGCUUUCUUCAUGCUUGACUCCCCCAUCGGCGUUCUACCUAUUCCACCUGGAUUCUCCCUAUCUUACGAUGAGAAUUUUCUCAAACCUCGCUGUACACCUCCUGAAGUCAUGAUACCAUAUAGUGUAGUUCCGCAGGAACCGGUCAGAGUGGUUCCUGAGACGGAAGAGAUGGAUGGUGAAGUUGGAGGAAGGACCUUAUGGAGAGGCUGGGUAUGUAGGAGAUGUGGAAGAGCAAAUUGUAGAUAUAGAUGGGAAGUAUGGGAAUGUCGGAAUUGCGGAAAUACUCUGGGGGUCGUUGAUCCAUCUCGGAUCAUUCUCAAGAAGGAUCUUCCCCAUAUCCCGCCCUCGUUUUUAGGGGAUAGUAAGAUCGAUCCGUCUUCUGGAAUAACAUCGAAGAUGAGAUGGAUAAGUGAGAUUGGCGGUACUUGUAUGGUAUAUGAUCUGCCCCAUGCAGGCAAGGUAUAUCAUCUCAUUCAGCCUGAUUAUAAUCUCGCCGAUGAGUUGUUGCAAGACUACCAAAAAGCUGCCAAUGAAGGGGGCUGGUUCCAGCGAAGACCUCUGAAAGGCGUGAGUACAGUAUACAUACACAUCUGCCAGUAUGGCUACAGCAGGCAUUCUCAUGCUAAAAGGUUUCGUUUACAACGAGUAGUCAAAGGCCAAUUUCUCGCUCAGCAUUUCGCAGUGAAUUUCGGUGCUGCAUACAAAUAUCAGGUCGAUACGUUAUCUUAUCCAUUUGAAAAAUCGCCAGAAUGCGUGACGAGGUCGUUGGACUUAAUAAAAGAUAGAGUCAGAUUGAUCUUAAGCGAAGAAAUAGUUUUCAACGAAAUUCUCAGUGUGAUGUAUAGAGAAGGUCAAAAGAUGAGCUGGCACGAUGAUGGAGAAGCAGAUCUCGGUCCAGUAGUCUCAUCUUUAUCUUUGGGUAAUCAAGCGAUUAUGUCUUUCCGACUCAAGACACCUCGAGUAAACCCUAAUCAAACUUAUUAUAAAGGUAUGGCAGACAGGGAAAUUAAGAAGAUAUCACCUACUGCUUUGAGUUUUACUCUUUCUCACGGUGACAUAAUGAUAAUGCAAGGAAGUGGUAUACAGAAGAAAUACGACCAUAAAGUCAUCCCGAUGGGGUUCAGGAUAGCUUCGACUGCUAGAGUCAUAGGGGUACCGGAGAUCUAA